GCCCAGCCUCCAGCGGCGCAACUUUGUGGCUCCUGACGGCUCCGGAGCGCGAGUUGUGAGGCGUGGCCGGGCGGAGGAGGCGCUCUGGGGGGCGUGGGGCUCCCCGGCAGGCGGGAGGAACGGAGCGAGCCGCGCUGGACAAUGAGCCAGGCGGCUCGACGCUGCAGCCACUUUUAGCUGAGGGGGGUGCGGGCUCUGCGGCCCCACCUGCACGGAGAGGGCGGGAUGCCAGGGCCAGGUGUCCCGACGCUUUAGGGCCCUUCACAGCCGGGCGUCCUCGACCUGCUCUCCCUUUGACACUGGGCUGCCUGGAGGCUUUGACAGGAGCGUGGUUUGUGGGGAGCCCCUGAGCAGUCGCGAUGGCCAGCACCAGGAGUAUUGAGCUGGAGCACUUUGAGGAGCGGGACAAAAGGCCGCGGCCUGGGUCGCGGAGAGGGGCGCCCAGUUCCUCCGGGGGCAGCAGCAGCUCGGGCCCCAAGGGGAACGGGCUCAUCCCCAGCCCGGCGCACAGUGCCCACUGCAGCUUCUACCGCACGCGGACCCUGCAGGCCCUCAGCUCGGAGAAGAAGGCCAAGAAGGCACGUUUCUACAGGAAUGGGGACCGCUACUUCAAGGGCCUGGUGUUUGCCAUCUCCAGCGACCGUUUCCGGUCCUUUGAUGCGCUCCUCAUGGAGCUUACCCGCUCCCUGUCUGACAACGUGAACCUGCCCCAGGGCGUCCGCACCGUGUACACCAUUGACGGCAGCCGCAAGAUCACCAGCCUGGACGAGCUUCUGGAAGGUGAGAGUUAUGUGUGUGCAUCCAACGAGCCAUUUCGUAAAGUUGAUUACACCAAAAAUAUUAAUCCCAACUGGUCUGUGAAUAUCAAGGGUGGGACAUCUCGAUCCUUGGCUGCUGCCUCCACUGUGAAAAGCGAAGUGAAAGAAAGCAAAGAUUUCAUCAAACCCAAAUUAGUGACUGUCAUUAGAAGUGGAGUGAAGCCCAGAAAAGCUGUGCGGAUCCUGCUAAAUAAAAAGACUGCUCAUUCUUUUGAACAAGUCUUAACAGACAUCACCGAAGCCAUUAAACUAGACUCAGGAGUAGUCAAGAGGCUCUGCACACUGGAUGGAAAGCAGGUUACUUGUCUGCAAGACUUUUUUGGUGAUGACGAUGUUUUUAUCGCUUGUGGACCUGAAAAAUUCCGUUAUGCCCAAGAUGACUUUGUCCUGGAUCACAGUGAAUGCCGAGUCUUGAAGUCAUCUUAUUCACGUUCUUCAGCUGUUAAAUAUUCUGGAUCCAAAAGUCCUGGGCCUUCUCGACGCAGCAAAUCACCAGCUUCAGUAAAGAGGGGUGGCCACUCCUCCAGUGCCUAUUCUACAGCCAAAUCCCCAGUUAAUGGAACUCCCAGCAGCCAGCUUUCCACACCCAAGUCCACGAAAUCCUCCAGUUCCUCUCCAACAAGCCCAGGAAGUUACAGAGGAUUAAAGCAGGUUUCUGCACACAGUGGGUCUUCUUCCAAUGUCAACGGUGGACCUGACCUGGAUCGUUGCAUGAGUCCUGAAGGUGUGAAUGGAAACAGAUGUUCUGAGUCCUCCACUCUUCUAGAGAAAUACAGAAUUGGGAAGGUCAUUGGUGAUGGCAAUUUUGCAGUGGUCAAAGAAUGCAUGGACAGGUCCACUGGAAAGGAGUUUGCGCUGAAGAUUAUAGACAAAGCCAAAUGCUGUGGAAAGGAACACCUGAUUGAGAAUGAAGUGUCAAUCCUGCGCCGAGUGAAGCAUCCAAACAUCAUCAUGCUGGUGGAGGAGAUGGAAACGGCUACUGAGCUCUUUCUGGUGAUGGAAUUGGUCAAAGGUGGAGAUCUCUUUGAUGCCAUUACCUCUUCAACCAAGUACACAGAGAGAGAUGGCAGUGCCAUGGUGUACAACCUCGCCAAUGCCCUCAGGUACCUGCACGGCCUCAGCAUCGUGCACAGAGACAUCAAGCCAGAGAACCUCCUG